AUGGCCAUGGACCGGCAAUCUAUUAUGAUCAUAAUCAUUAUGAUCAUCUUCUUUUCGUUUCCGUCCGGCUAUGAACAGCCCCAUUCCGAUAAAGACAAAGAGGUGAUUCUGUAUUUCCAACACUUCAUGACUUAUUCACGACAAGUCCUAGCAAAUUCAUCCUAUAUUUCUGGCUAUGGAAAUCUUACGGGGUUCAGACUUUCAUACGAGGACAACCUCAAGGGUCAUAAUGCUCUGGAAUGGCCGCUACAUCAGUAUUCAGAAAAACAUCCGUGGGUAGAACAGGAGAAAUAUUCAUUGCUUCCGAAUAGCAUUAGUGAUGAUUUGAAGUCAUGGUGGGGAAAAGACCCUGUAGACACUUCUGAUCCAGCAGCUCCAGCAUACUUGUUGAAUGUGACAGGCUCAUGUUAUGGCGACUACUCUAUGCUCACAAAAACAAGACCAAAGCUGUAUUUUUUUGAGCUUGAAAAGCCGUUUGUGGAAUAUUAUGAAAGGUACUCGCAGUCCAAGUAUGACGAACAACGGGAGCGGUAUGAAAACGAUCCAGAAAACAACCCAGAACCAAAAAAAGACGACGACAAGAAAAAGGUGGGCGAAGAGAUCACACAAGAGGGAACUAUCCUGUUGUCGAUUCGAAGUCUCGGCUACAAUUUUGAAAACCAGGACCUCAGUAAACUCAUUGAACGUCCCGAAGAUGAAGUCCAUGACGCAGUUUUGGUGCGAGUACUGCUCGAAAUCAAAGAUCACCCAGAGAUCCAACAAUCUGAAUUUGAAACUUUGGGCAUAUAUUAUCAGACGACUGGUUCGUUGAUCACCACCACUGUAUCUGCAAAAUUCUUGGGAAUCCAUGGACUUCCUCAUAUGACGUUUUCUGAGCAGAAUUUCAACACCGCCAAGCUUUUGGUUUCGCAGCUUCUCAAUUCUUCCGCUACUGACAGCAGAAAUAAACUUGAAAAGUUGAAUAUGUAUAUCGCUCGUUCACAAGAGCAAUGCGAGUUGAUUUCGUUCUUCCAGCUUGAUAAGACAAAUUUCCUGAAACAAGAAAUCCUCGACAUCGAUGAAGAAUUGCAAAACCCCAUUGGCCGGCCCAUACCAGGAGACUUCCCCAAGGUUGUGAUCAAGAAUGCAUUAAUGUACUCGCCUGAUUGUGGGUUCGUUCUAAACUCCAACAAACCCGCUGAGGGUGAUCUCUCGAUCAUUACCAACAAAGAACGAAGGUCGAUGUUCACCAAAUUUUUGUUAAUUGUGCUCAUUCAAUUGUAUCUAUAUGUUGCUGAAAUCAGACUGCUUCGCACACCAGGACAACUUUCGAAUGUUAGCAGUACUACUCUACUGCUCCUAGCGUAUCAGGACGCAUUAAUGUCUUUAAUUGUCUUGUUAUAUGCCAACAUCACCGAGGAACUUUACCUCAUUUUAGCAUGCAUUACAGUCAACCUCGUUGUAGGUGACUUGAUAAUGGUUCGUUUCCUAGUGAAGGUAAUGUGUACUCAGGCUAACGAGCGUGGAAUAAGUUGGUGGGAACUCAUGCGUGGAGGUUCAAGAAACACAGAAACAACCAAUACAGAAGAAGCGCAACCUCAAGAAGAUACACUUCCAGCGCCUGUAACUGCCAACCAAGAACCGGCUAUUCCUGCUACAGGUCCAGGUGUUAGCGAUGAUGCUAGGUUCACAAAUGGUAUUAUUGCUACAGGACUUUCCGCCAGCAUAGUGUCGAUGUUUUUGGUUGCUGGUGCUACUACAUGGAGGAAAAGUUACAGAAAGAUUUUCGAAUACUUUGCGUUUUUGUUGAUAAAUUCUUACUGGUUUCCUCAGUUUAUCCGCAAUACUAUAAAGAACAGGAGAAAAGCAUUUCUGUGGAGAUUUAUUUUGGGGACUUCUCUUCUUCGGUUGAUGCCGUUAUUUUAUAUCUGCUUGACACCGGACAAUACCUUACGCCAUGGAUACGACCCGGUGCUUUUUGGAGUUGUUACUUUGUGGGUGUCUCUACAAUUGUUUCUUCUUUACGUACAGACGCAAUUGGGUGCCAGAUUUUGGAUCAAUGAACUGUGGCUACCUAAGGCUUACGAUUACCAUCCACAUCUCAGUAUUACAGACUUGGAAAAUGGAUUUGCAUCCGAUAUUUUGGCAGGCAUUAAAUCUCGUGCUGGUGAUGUGACUUCCGAGGAAACCCAAGCUAGUGGAUACAUGUUAUGUCCUGUUGACUGCGCUAUCUGUAUGACAGAAGUGACAAUUCCAGUUGCAGCCAGCGAGCAAAAGAAAGACAAAAAAGUUGGAAAUACCCAUUAUAUGAUAACCCCAUGCCAUCACAUCUUCCAUACAGAAUGUUUAGAGGACUGGAUGAAGUAUAAGCUUCAAUGUCCCGUAUGUCGUACCAGUCUUCCACCGGUAUAG